CUCGGAGGGACGCGGCCGGCGCCCAUGGCGUUCGCGCUGCUGCGGCCAGUCGGCGCGCACGUGCUGUACCCGGACGUGCGGCUGCUAAGCGAGGACGAGGAGAACCGCAGUGAGAGCGACGCGUCGGACCAGUCGUUCGGCUGCUGCGAGGGCCUGGAGGCGGCGCGGCGCGGCCCGGGCCCCGGGGACGGGCGGCGGGCGGGCGGCGGCGCGGGCCCCGUGGUGGUGGUGCGACAGCGGCAGGCGGCCAACGCGCGGGAGCGGGACCGCACUCAGAGCGUGAACACGGCCUUUACGGCGCUGCGCACGCUCAUCCCCACCGAGCCUGUGGACCGCAAGCUGUCCAAGAUCGAGACGCUGCGCCUGGCAUCCAGCUACAUCGCGCACCUGGCCAACGUGCUGCUGCUGGGCGACUCGGCCGACGACGGGCAGCCGUGCUUCCGCGCCGCCGGCAGUGCCAAGAGCGCCGUCCCCACCGCCGCCGACGGCGGCCGCCAGCCGCGCUCCAUCUGCACCUUCUGCCUCAGCAACCAGCGCAAGGGGGGUGGCCAUCGUGACCUGGGGGGCAGCUGCUUGAAGGUGAGGGGGGUGGCCCCCCUUCGAGGGCCGCGGAGAUGAGCCUGGACCCUGGAGAAGGAGGCCAGGAGCCAGCCACUGGCUGUACAGGGAAGGAGACCCCAGGAGCCGAGCCCACCCCUUCUUUGUGUGGGGACCAGGGGACCAUGGCCUGGGUCCGGGACACUCUGGGCAGGGCCCUCGGGACAUCUCCACCCGAUCCUGGAGAACUGUGAGGAUCCAUUCAGCCUGCCCAGCUCUGGCUGGUCAGAGACAAGGCAGAACUUUUGGAAAAACAAAGACUGUUGGUGACAGAGGGUGUAAGUGUGUGUCUGUGCAUGAGUGUGAGUGUCUGUGAGAGAGAGAAUUGGUGAGUUUAAAAUAAAAGCUAUUUUUAAAUAAAAGACGUCGUUCUGAGCUGAGGAGGGGCCUGUGGACAUCGGAGGUCAGAGGUGGGCCCUCCCCUGGACUUAGAGAGAGGCACAGAUGUUCCAGGGGCUGCCCUGAGCCCUGGAGGGGUGGGGCUGGGGAAGACAGGCAGAGCCCCCUCUCCAGGAGCCAUAACCAGACUUUCCUCAGUCUGCUGUUUAUCAGAUGUUCUUAACAACUGUUAGGUGUCUGGUGUGGUUGGUAAAGAAAUCUUAAUUUUAUUUAUUUUUGAA